AUGCUCGCCAGGAUGCUCAACUCUACGCUGUCCGUGUGUUUCCUGAGCCUGCUGGCCUUCACCUCUGCCUGCUACUUCCAGAACUGCCCAAGAGGUGGCAAGAGGGCCAUGCCUGACAUGGAGCUGAGACAGUGCCUCCCCUGUGGCCCCGGCGACCAAGGCCGCUGCUUCGGACCGAACAUCUGCUGCGCCGACGAGCUGGGCUGCUUCGUGGGCACCGCCGAGGCGCUGCGAUGCCAGGAGGAGAACUACCUGCCCUCGCCCUGCCAGUCUGGCCAGAAGCCGUGCGGGAGCGGGGGCCGCUGCGCCGCCGCGGGCAUCUGCUGCAGCGACGAGGGCUGUGUGACCGAGCCCGCGUGCCGCGAAGAUUUUCUCCGCCUCACCCGCGCUCGCGAACCGAACAACGGCACGCAGCUGGACGGGCCCGCCCGGGCGCUGCUGCUCCGCCUGCUGCAGAUGGGCGGGACGCGGGAGUCCGUGGAUUCUGCCAAGCCCCGAGUCUACUGA